AAGUGAAUUUGAACCCUGCCAACUGCAUUUGCGUCUGCGAUUCAAUUGAUUUGUAACUCAGUCGCAAGAAUGCAGAAAUCCUGCAGUCCAUCGGCUUUAAACAGUCUACGGACUGCUGUGCGAUUAGAAAGAGGCAUUAAGAAUGUACCUUUGAGCAGGAAGUUAUCUGAUGUCACUAUUACAAGGACUGGAAAGCCCAUUAUUCGUACCCAGGGCGGCAGGUGAGCUCUUGUACUAUGAUUCUCAGUCUUGUGGACACUCUUGCUGAUGUGCCGUUCUUUAGAUCGUCUCUUGGAGGUAUAUCAUCCACAAAAACCCCAAUCAACACAAGCCUAAUUUGAAUCUACAGGACAUACUGCAACGGUCUUUGGUGCGACUGGAUUCCUCGGACGUUAUAUUGUGAACAGACUCGGUACAAAAUCUCUAUGUAUUCCGUAGAGCUACUUGGACUGACGAGUGUGGUGGUUUAGCAAAACAAGGAUGCACAGUUAUUGUUCCGUUUCGGGAAGAAAUGGCCAAACGUCAUUUGAAGGUUUCCGGUGAUUUGGGUAGAGUCAUAUUCAUGGUACGACAGAGGCUUAUGGGACAAAAUAUUGGUCAGGCUGACUGAUUGCCGAUAGGAAUACGACUUGAGAAAUACACAAUCUUUGGAGGAAAGUGUCAGGCACUCUGAUGUAGUCUACAACCUUGUUGGACGUAAUUAUCCCACCAAGUAUGCAUCAAAUCAAGAGUAGAUGGGAGAUAUAUGCUCAUUAAUAUCAGGAACUUCGAUCUCGAGGAUGUACACGUUGAAGGAGCGGAGCGAAUUGCAGAUGCCGUUGCCAAAUAUGACGUGGACAGAUUCAUUCACGUUUCUUCCUACAAUGCGGAUCCUAAUUCACCCUCUGAGUUUUACAGAACGAAGGUAUAUGAUGUACUCCUUCCAAAGCAUUGGCUCAUAUGGUUAACAUACCUUCUAUAGGCAAGAGGUGAGGCAGUCGUACGCAGUAUAUUCCCAGAGACCACAAUUGUGAGACCAGCUCCGUUGUUUGGUUUCGAGGAUCGUCUUCUCCACAAACUUGCCGGAUUCACCAACCUCCUCACAUCUAACCACAUGCAAGAGCGCUAUUGGCCAGUCCAUGUAUGUUUUAAAUCUUCUAUUUACAUGGUUCUCUGCUAACCAUAUCUUCAGGCACCUGAUGUAGGCCAAGCACUUGAGAAAAUGCUUCAAGAUGACAAUACUGCAUCCCAAACAUAUGAGCUCUAUGGCCCCAAGAAUUACUCAACGGCCGAAAUUGCCGCCUUGGUGGAUAGAGAAAUCAACAGCCGUCGCCGACAUGUCAACUUACCAAAGAAGAUCCUCAAGCCAAUUGCUGAAGUCUUGAACAGAGCUCUUUGGUGGCCUGUUCUCUCUGCUGAUGAGGUUGAGCGGGAAUUCAUUGACCAAAAGAUUGAUCCUUCCGCAAAGACGUUCAAAGACCUAGGAAUCGAGCCAGCUGAGCUCAGUAGUCUUACUUUCCACUACCUGGUAUGUACACUCUUCCAUGUAAAUUUCAAUCAAGCAAUGCUAAUUUUAAAUAGUUGGGAUACCGAAGUGCUGCAUAUUACGAUUUGCCUCCAUCGACGGAGCGUGAGAGGAGGGAGGAGAAGAAAUAUUUGCAUGUCCUUGAUGACCAGUAGAAGACUGGUUCUGGUUAUGGGAUGUAUUCAUAAUAGCAUGCGAAUUGUACAUAUGCCAAAUUUAUUUGAAAACACUUUUUGUUGUA